CAGAGCUGAGCCAGUUCAUCCACCAUGCAUUUCCUCAUUGUUGCCGUCCUCAUCGGAGCAGCUGUUGCUGCUCCAUUCGAAGAUGAUGACAAGAUCGUCGGUGGUUAUGAAUGCAGAAAGAACUCUCUGCCUUACCAGGCAUCUCUGAAUGUAGGCUAUCAUUUCUGUGGUGGCUCGCUCAUCUCCAGCCAAUGGGUGGUCUCUGCUGCUCACUGCUACAAGUCCCGUAUCCAAGUGCGUCUCGGAGAACACAACAUUGACACCACUGAGAACACAGAGCAGAUGAUCGAUUCUGCCAAGGUGAUCCGACACCCAAGCUAUAACGGCAACAACCUGAACAACGACAUUAUGCUGAUCAAACUUUCCCGUGCUGCCACACUGAACAGCUAUGUGAACACCGUUUCUCUUCCUGGGGCAUGCGCUAGCACUGGCACCCAAUGUCUCAUCUCAGGGUGGGGCAACACACUCAGCAAUGGCGUCAACUAUCCAUCUCGUCUGCAAUGUCUGAAUGCUCCCAUCCUGUCCGACACACAGUGCCGUAAUGCUUAUCCUGGCCAGAUCACCAGCAACAUGAUCUGUAUUGGGUUCCUGGAAGGAGGAAAAGACUCUUGCCAGGGAGAUUCUGGUGGCCCCGUUGUGUGCAACAAUCAACUCCAGGGGAUUGUGUCCUGGGGAUAUGGCUGUGCUGAGCCUGGCCUUCCUGGGGUCUACACCAAGGUGUGCAACUACAACAGCUGGAUUCAGUCCACCAUGGCCUCUAACUGAGCUGCCUGUCCUUAAAGUUCUUAUUCUGUCAAUGCUGUUCACAUCAAUAUCCCAAAAACAAAAGCAGCAAUAAAAAUGUGUUAAAACAA